ACAUUUUGUUCUUGUAUCAGCUUUCUUCAUCGAAUAGAUCAGUUUGUGUCAGGAAACCGGGUUUUCGUGAAAAUCGUUUUUCUCGUACAGUUGGGCCGCUAAAGUAUAUAGUUUGGCCGCAGUAUCGUUCCAAUGCAGGCAUAGGUUACCUCGGCUUUUUCAUUCCUUGAAUCAAAUUCAAACGCAUAUCACCUUAAAUGGGAAUCCGACGCUCGUUUCGUUUAACCUGACGAUGUAUGUGCAUGUAACAUCAUGUAUGUUUUGCGAUUGUAUGCUUGAUGUGUGUACGUUUUUCUCAGCGAGGCUACAUGUAUGCGUGUACGUGCCAGGUGUGUGGAUGCUGUUGUCGAUGCGUGUAUAUUCAUGAAAUGUUUAGAAUUGUCGCUUAUCUUUUCUUUUCGUACGGGACAUUGGUUGAGUGUCGCGCGUGUUUAAACGUCAAGAAAGAAGACUCGUCGUGUGUGUUUUUGACACAUCUCGCCAUGCUGAGUGGACAGCAUGGUGUUGCGGCCCGCUACGUACCGAACAAUUCACUUGGGAACGGCAUUUGGUGUGCGGCUCAAUACUGGCAGAAUACGCGCAGAAAACCCGAUAAGAUUUCAAAAUGGGUUGUUUCGGCAGCAAAGAUAAGUUGAGCAAAGAGGAUAUGGAUUUCCUUAAAUCACACACAAGAUAUGAUGAAGCAACUAUAAAAGAAUGGUACAAAGGAUUCAAACAAGAUUGCCCAAAUGGUAGAUUAACGCCAGCAAAAUUUGUCGACAUGUACAAAAUGUUCUUCCCAUCUGGCAAUGCGGAAGAAUUCUGCGACCAUGUUUUCCGUACAUUCGAUAUGGACAAAAAUGGCUACAUCGAUUUUAAGGAAUUUCUAUUGGCCAUCGAUGUAACGUCUAGCGGGACGCCAGAAGAAAAACUAAAGUGGGCUUUCCGGAUGUAUGACGUUGAUGGAAAUGGCGUCAUUGAUAUUCAAGAAAUGACUAAGAUCGUUCAGGCAAUAUACGACAUGCUCGGUGCAUGCUCGAGCAACAGACCAGCAGACAGUGCAGAAGAGAGAGCGAAAAACAUAUUUGCAAGAAUGGACGAAAAUAAUGACGGUCAACUUACCGAGGAGGAAUUUUUGAAAGGUUGCCUUCAAGACGAAGAGCUUUCAAAAAUGCUGGCCCCUUAAUUCCCGUGUUUUGUUUCGGGAUCGAUUAUUAAUAGUACACUGUUGUCAAAAAACAUUCAUAAAAUACCAACCGACCGAGCAACAGCGAUGAAAGCAAUUUCAGAUACAUCUGUCUUUCAUACGAAACGUAUUUGUUGUAGAAUUAUACAUACAUAUACAGACGCACGUAUUCGUACGCGCCCGUACACAUGCAUACACGCACAAAUACACGGACACGCGCGUGCGCGCGGAUACAUUGCAGCAUUACAAUGGUUAAUACGAAAACCUGAUAGAACGCCUUUAAUUCCCAGAAUUGCAAUUGGCAAAGAACAAUAACUAAAGAAUCGUUGUCUUUCUACGUUCUAAUUUCGAGUCGAGUUACCGGAAUCGAAUAAUUUCUCGAAAGAAAUUCGUCGACGGAUUACUUUUUAAGGAAUCGGAUUUAAGUGCUGUGAACGCGAGAGGAGUCCACCCUUGAUCUGAAUUUACAACCGGUGAUACGAAGGAACUCGUACAUUGACUACUUGGAAAGUAUCCAGCAUUAGACAUCCAAAAAAUACCCAACUUCUCAACAAAAAAAAAUAAAAAAAACAAAAAAAAAAAAACACUUAGACUGUGAAGAGGACAACAUCGGCAAGCAACGCUUUGCAAUCAUGACCAUUUUAACAUUUUAUAUAGUUGCAAUUUCGUUGUCGGAUGUAAACACAAAAGAAAUAUUUCAAUGAGAUUGCAUCGAAGAGUUUAAACUGAUGCUUCCGCGGCAAGUACCUUAAGAUUGACGUUUAAGGUGAACGUUAAUUACUAGACGUAAUUUGACAGGAUUUUUCAAUGUUUCGUGAUCGAACGGUUCAGACAGUUGCUCUCCCUUUAUAAUUUGAACAACGACGACAAAGUGCUAGGACAUUUCGUGAGUGAUGGUAACACAACGAAUUGCAAGAGAGUACUGUCGAAUAGGUAGAACAAAUUUUCAAUCGAGGAAUGCAGUUUUAUAUUGCACGAUAUACUUCAAAUGGUACAUUUCACACCCAAAAAGGUAUGUCAUAUUAACUAGUCAAUAGUUAACUGAUUAACAUUUUCAUUGAAAUUUCUCUCGAUCUAUCUGUAUAGAGUGUCUGGCAAUGAAGAAAAUAUUUUCCAGGCUGAUCGUACGUUAUAAAAUACUAUGAAACUUUGAAAUAAACAAAUUGUAUUUAUAUUUGCCGAAUUACUAGGCUUCAAACAUUAUUUCGUUGGAUAUUCAAACUUUUAUAAUCAAGCAAUAUUGUUUGCAUUGUAAUUUUGUUUCUGUUUUUAAUCGCAUUUUAUUUGACAAUAUAAAAUCAUUCCUUCAAAUUCUUCCUUUCAAUCCUUUUUGUCAAACAUUCUAUACUUUUCAAAGAUUUCACUGAUAUGCCUUAUACCAGUCUAAAUACCGUAGGUACUGAGUUUAUUUUUUAUUCAUUCUAUUAAAAAUACAUGCUACGCUAUUUAAAAUUUUCGUGAGUGUCACUGUAUAAUUUCUCAUAUACGUAUUAUAGCGAGUGUAUAAAAUAUACACGCGUCGUCUAAUACUAGAAGAUAAAUACGAAACAUUUAAGUUGGCAAUGUAUAUGCGUGCAAUAUAACAUGUCUACAAAGAAUACUUAGUGUUAUUGUGUAAUAUGCAUCAAGCACUACGUUCCUUAAAAUUAGGGUAGUAAUGAAAUAUAUUCGACAGAUAAAAUCUAUAGUUUAACGGAGAUUAAGGAACUUCAUGUUGAAUAAAAAAUAUGUCAACGAUGUUGUCCCUUUAAAUUUACUUGCAAUAAUUUAAGAUGAGGGCAUAUAGAUAAUAAUACAUUAAUCAGCUGGUAAUAAGGAGAUGUGUUGUGAAAAUUAUAAAAUUUGUAAUUCGUUAACUUCUUUGUGGUAAGGAAAUAUGGAAGCAAGGUAACCAGCUCUGAAAUUUAUACUACAACUGCUUACCAGCACGCAUGCAAUUUUCUGCUUUUUUUUCAUUUCUAGGAUCACGCGUAAUAAGAUAAAAAUGCACGAGACGAUUUUUCUCGAAUCCGACUCUUACAUUCAGUUAUUUAUUGGCACGAAAAUAUAAAUGAUUUAUAAAUUUUAUUUUCAAUUUAAUUUUUUAAUGAAUUUACACACGUUGGCCGGAUCCGCAACUGAAUUCCAUAAAAUUGCCUUGUGCAUUUUUAACUUAAUUCCGCUUAUCCUUUUAUGCAUCCAUGUGAUUUUUCAGUUUCGUAAUAAACUUCGAUUUUACGCUUAAUGUAGCUCAAUGGAAAUCAAAAGUAUACCCAUAAGCAGAUUAAUAAUUUUAUACAAAAUCUUCCGCUCGACAGAACUAACUGUACAAUUUUUUACAAGAUUUAUUUCUUUCACUUCUAAACGAAAUAAGAAAGCAGAAAGCAAUUCGAACGAAAGGUAUGGCGUUAAUGAACUUUAUCCAUGGUAUUUUAUUAUUAUUUUGAUUCCUUAUUUGUUUUUCUUCUUUGUUUUUUACAUUAGAGUUAUCUGUGAUUUUUAAAGCCUAUAAAUCAUUCAUUACUAUUUAGAUAGAUGAAAUACAAAAGUAAUUUUUCUUCUUGAAAGAAAGGUUGCCCACACAAUACUUGAGAUUUUACGAAUUUAUAUAAAUCACGGGUAAAAUAUCGUUUCAUUAGGAUUUGCUCGGAAGGUUUGUAAGCAGGAAGUAAGUAGGUAUCUAUGUACUAAUAUGCAGUUCGUGCAGUUGAUGUAAACAAAAAUCGCUCGCGUUAUCCGUAUAGUUACAUACAUAUUAUGUAUUGUAUAGUAGACUAAGUACAUAUCAUUGCCUCUUAAACGAAAAUCGAUCUGACGAAGUUUUCUUCGUGUUUUUACAACUUCGUGCUUCGAUCAUGCAUACUACGAUUUCAGUCAAUUUUAAAAGUGAACAAAUUUUGUUCGUUAAUACGAUAUUGGAGAAAAGAUGCGACCUCACUCGCGCGCGCGUACACACUCCCAAAAUCUUUAAAUACGUAAUUAUACGGAGUGAAUAUAUUAUUCAUUCACGGUAUGAUAAAAAAGAAAGAAUGAUCUUUAUUCAUUCGUUGCAAUUUAUAUAAUCAGUGACAUUCGUUCAUUUAAAUACAUCGGCACGAUAUUGAUUUUCUUUUAAAUGUCCUCAAAAAUGGUGGCAUUGACCAUAAAUAAACAUGAUUUUCUAUCGCAUUAUUUCAUUUUGUUUCAUAGAAAUUAUAGUCGACUAAUUACCUAACUAAUUGUUUAAAAUGAUAAGACAGAAAAAGAUGAAUAGAAAUAGGAAACUUUCGUAUUAUUAUUAAUUUAUAGACAUAUUACAAGUAUAUGCAUACAUGUAUGUUGAGAUACUUUUCACGUUCUGUGUCCCUGUUCGUGAUCUUUCGCUUUGUCCCCAAUAAAUUGAAGGAUAAUGCGUAACAAAGCAUCGCAAUUCUCCUUAAAUCGAAAGUGCAGCAUUGACAAUCGAAAUAACAAGUUUCUUUAUUGAAAGAGUCAAUGGAUAUAGACGAAAAAUUUUAUAAAGCUUAAGAACAAACCCAAAGUGCAUUAUAUAUUACAAACACGUUGUUACAUCUCAGUUUCCACAUUUGAUUUUUGCAGCGUUCAAUAAUUAAAAAUUAUUUUUUAAUGCUCUCAUAAAAGAAUACAUUAAUAAAACCAUCUAAACUCUACGAGUAAUCUGUUUUCUUCGUAAAGAAGUUAUCUGUAUUUUUUCAUUUUUUCAUGUUUUCUUGUACAUACUAACAUACGAAAUACAUUUUAUAAGCCCACGUAUAAAACGUUUUAUUAAAAAUCUUUGAAUCUUGUCAAUCGAUUUAACGAUUUUAAUACGUACGAAAGGGGCGUAACUCACCGGAUAGCAAAAACAUCGCAUUCAGUACGUACUCACAUUUUAUCUCCAAUAAGUAUUUUACUGAAUUAAUCUUAAGUUACAAAAGUUCAGUAUAUUCGUACGCCGUAACAAUCCCAAUAAUUUCGUAAUAUGUGUCAAAGUUAUUAAAACGACAAUUACUGUUACAUCAACGUAAUAUACGAAGUAACAACUCAAUGAACAAUGCUUAAUCACUUUGAUGGAAUAUUCUACCGUUAAUAUACACCCCAUAGAGGGAUAUUUUAUGAAAUCUACUGUGAAAACUAUCCGAAAGUAUAAUCAAUUGAAACUACGAAUCUUACAAGUUAAACAUGAGAAAUUCAAAUGCAAGCGAAAAAUUGAAUUACCUACGCUAUUUCACAAAUCUAUACUAUUUUAUAUUUUUCUACGCCAUCCAUUCUAUCCUCCCUAUACAUUCAAUCACUCUUCCAACCUGUUAAAAGGCACGCUUCUAUCUUUUUUUUUCUUUUUUUUUUUUUACUAAUAAUUAUCACUAGAAUGCGGAUUUCUAUGCAUUUAUGGGAAAUUUAAAGGUGCAAGAAAUGCACAGAAUGCGCAUGACAGGCAAAAAUAUAUAAAAUAUUCAAGACACAAUAUUCUUCCAUACAAUUAUAAUAUUUCGUAGGGGAAACAAAGCUUAGCUCCCACUUUUUAGUUGUAUCCUUAAAGACAUGGACUUUCAUAAAUAUCAACUGUCUAACCACUCUUUCUACAACUUUUUGAUAAAUUAUGCAUUACAGCUGUAAAACAAAACAUUAUAAUUCAAAUAUACUCUAUGUAUUGCGCGAUAAAGAGAUUCGUGACAGUCCUCGAAUGACACGGUAGACAUUUUUUAUUUUCAGGCCUUCUUCGAAUGUUAGGAUCACACGGAUCCUCUCAGAAGAAAUGUGGUUUAGACCAGUUUUGCUUUCGAUGUAUGAAAUAUCAUUGUUGCUUUUAGGGGUGCGAUAAAAGUGUCUUACGUGAAACGAUUGCAUUCAAAAAGGGACAUAUUACGAUAUAUAGAACGUAUUCCUCUUCUUUUUUAAGUCUUUUAAAUAUAUUUUAGGAUAGGCAGCUUCUUUUGUCAUAUAAUCUAUUUUUUUACAAUAUUAUUGACGAUAUUAUGACAAAAUUUAGCAAUGUAUUUAUGCUUAUAUCUUUACAUUUUGUAUAAAUACUUUCAUGUAAUUUAUGUAUUCCACGAGACUAAUCUCCCAUAUAUCUAUUAAUAAAGAUACAUUGAUACCAAUA